AUGCCCGUUAAACUACGCCCCGCUACCCCGGCGGACGGCCCGGCCCUCGCGUCCAUCUACCUCUCCGCCUUCCACGACAACCCGGUAGCCUUGACGAGCUUCCCAGCAACGUCUGAAGUCCGCGAGUUUCUCGCCAAAUCUUUUGCGGAAGAGAUAAGUGAUCAUCGAUUCCAAUGGCUCAUCAUCACUGACCCAGACUUUGAGGACCCCGACCUACCCAUCGUCUGCGCAAAGUGGGUUCGCCCGGCAGGACCCAACGAGCCAAACAUUGAGCCGCCGCCUCCUGUGGAUGUCUGGCCAAAAGAGGGUAAUCCAGAGUUCGCGAGCCACUUCUUUGGCUCCAUUGGUCGGAAACACGCCGAGAUCAUGGGCGAGGUCAGACACUGGUACCUGGAGCUUCUCAUUUGUCGGACAGAGCAUCAGGGGAAAGGCGCAGCCAGCCCACUCCUCAGAUGGGGCGUCGAGAAGGCCGAUGAGCAAGGAAGGUUGGCUUUCCUAGAGUCUAUGCCUCUGGCGAAGGGAAUCUACGAAAAGUAUGGGUUUCAAUCAUUAUGCCGCCUACAGUUUACGACACCUAGCUAUGGCGAUGUGACACAAGACUUCAUGCUUCGAAAAGUCAAGGCAGCGAAAGACCAUGAGUUGGUGUUGAAGAAGUUCAACGCAUCGUCAUGA